AUGACGCCGGCGCCAGUAAAGGGCGACAAGAAAAGAAGUCUAGCUUCAGUUUCAGAGUUGGGUGCAGAGCCAGCAGCAGCAGCAGCACCAGAACAAGCGUUAAAGAAGCACAGGGCCCAACUGAAAAAGAUCAAGACUAGGAAAUACAAAGCCAAGAGAGCCGAUGCUACAAGUCCCGCUGGAGUAUUAGAGCACGAAAUUAAAAGUCUAUGCCAGGAGCAAGGAAUCGCACUCGAAGAAAUUGAAAAUGACAUCAAGGGAGUACUAAAUGAUUCUGUUGUGGAACAGAAGUACCAUCGAAUAGUCACCGACGUCAAGAUCUUGCAGUUUUUAUCUAAUGGAGACUCACUUGCCAUCAUUGAAGCUCCAAAAGGCUCAGGAAAGCAACUAGUCGUUGUGCCAUAUGGUAUACCGGGAGACAUCACCACCAUCAAGGUAUUCCGGACUCACCCAUUUUACGCUGAGGCCGAUCUCAUUUCGGUGCAAACGGGGUCGAACUUGCGCGAUGACGCGUUGAUCAAUUGCAGAUAUUUCGGCAAGUGUUCCGGAUGUCAAUUCCAAAACAUUGCAUAUCAAGACCAACUCGAAAUCAAACGCAAUACGAUACAAAACGCCUAUAAGCACUUUGCUCCCGAGUUGAUGGCAGAAGGCGCCAUUCCGCAAAUAAGCGAGACUCAAGCUUCACCCAUUGCAUACCACUACCGCACAAAACUCACGCCGCAUUUCAAUAUCCCCACCAAGAAAACGGGCGCUGAUCUAGCACACAGGCCGAACUUUGGAUUCGGAGCCAAGGGAAGACCCGAGUGGCGUCAGAGCGAUUUCGGGCCCGUUGGAAGCAUAUUGGAUAUCGAAGAAUGCAGCAUUGGCACCGAUAUCGUUAAUGUCGGCUUGAAGAAUGAACGACACAAGUUGGAGACGAGCUAUCGCGAGUAUAAGCGGGGCGCUACCAUCUUGUUGCGGGAAGAUAGCAAGAUCAAGACGAGUGAUUUCGAACUUGGCGAAGGGUCACGCGAUGAAGCCGGCGCAGUUAGCACGAUUGAAGUCACGGGUGUCAAGGACCACGACCAAGGCGAACAGUUUGAUGUGGUCAAGACUUGCGUGACUCAACCGCGUCAGAUUGUCCAGGAGAUAAUUGGCAACUACCGCUUUGAAUUCUCCGCGGGGGAAUUUUUCCAAAACAACAAUGCAAUCUUACCGCUCGUUACCGCUUACGUGAAACAAAACUUGCCUUCAUCAUCCCAGCCAAAUUACUUGGUUGAUGCCUAUUGUGGAUCGGGGUUAUUUUCCAUCAUGUGCAGCGAGAGCGUCACUAGCGUCAUUGGGGUCGAAGUCAGCGCCGACUCGGUGAAAUUUGCGCAGCGCAACGCCGAGUUGAACCAAGUGCCCAAUGCCAAGUUUAUCGUUGGUAAAGCCGAAGAGAUAUUCAAGGACAUCGUGACGCCAUCAGAACAAACGCUGGUGAUUUUGGACCCACCGAGAAAGGGGUGCGAUGAUGUGUUUUUGAACCAGUUGUCGGAGUAUCAGCCUGCGCGGAUAGUUUACAUUUCUUGCAAUGUGCAUAGCCAGGCUCGUGAUAUUGAGUGGUUUUUAAAACACACUGCGAAUGGAGCAAAAUAUCUUGUUGUUAGCGUCAAGGGGUUUGAUUUCUUUCCGCAGACUCAUCAUGUUGAAUCUGUUGCUAUAUUGAGUAAGGUGGAGGAGGCAUAG